UGCUUCCGGCUGGCUCUUGGCAGCCCUCGGUUCCAUCACACACCGUCCCAGGAGCCUCAGCUGGGGUUCCGCCUCCGCGGGAAGCGUACACUUGAACAGCGGGCUGGAAGAAGCCGGAGAGGAAGGCUCAGCUUAGGCGAGAGAGGAUGUAUCAUGCACACCCUACGCAGCGCGUGGUGAUCACAUGACAAGGGGCGGUGCCCGCGUGGGCGGGAGUGAAGUCACGGCUAGGGUCGAGGUUGCUACGGGGGACCUGCGGUGGCAACGAUAGUAUGGCCGCACUUUAUGGUGGCGUGGAAGGGGGAGGCACACGGUCCAAAGUCCUUUUACUUUCUGAAGAUGGGCAGAUCCUGGCAGAAGCAGAUGGACUGAGCACAAACCACUGGCUGAUCGGCACAGACCAGUGUGUGGAGAGGAUCAAUGAGAUGGUGGACAGGGCCAAACGGAAGGCUGGCGUGGAUCCUCUGGUACCCCUUCGAAGCCUGGGCCUGUCCCUGAGUGGUGGGGAGCAGGAGGAUGCAGUGAGACUCCUGAUUGAGGAGUUGAGGCACCGAUUUCCCUACCUGAGUGAAAGUUACUUAAUCACCACUGAUGCAGCAGGUUCCAUCGCCACAGCUACAGCAGAUGGUGGGAUUGUGCUCAUCUCUGGAACAGGCUCCAACUGUAGGCUUAUCAACCCUGAUGGCUCCGAGAGUGGCUGUGGUGGCUGGGGCCACAUGAUGGGAGAUGAGGGCUCAGCCUACUGGAUUGCACACCAAGCUGUGAAAAUUGUGUUUGACUCCAUUGACAACCUGGAGGCAGCUCCUCACGAUAUUGGCCAUGUCAAGCAGGCCAUGUUCAACUACUUCCAGGUGCCGGAUCGGCUAGGAAUCCUCACCUACUUGUAUAGGGAUUUUGAUAAAUGCAAGUUUGCUGGAUUUUGCCAGAAAAUUGCAGAAGGUGCACAGCAGGGAGACCCUCUUUCCAGGUACAUCUUCAGGAAGGCUGGGGAGAUGCUGGGCAGACAUGUUGUAGCAGUACUGCCAGAGAUUGACCCGGUUUUGUUCCAAGGAGAGCUUGGCCUCCCCAUUCUGUGUGUGGGCUCAGUAUGGAAGAGCUGGGAGCUACUGAAGGAAGGCUUUCUCCUGGCACUGACGCAGGGCCGAGAGCAGCAGGCACAGAACUCCUUCUCCAGCUUCACCCUGAUGAAGUUGCGGUAUUCUUCUGCACUGGGGGGUGCCAGCCUGGGGGCCAGGCACAUUGGAUACCACCUUCCCAUGGACUACAGUGUCAACGCCAUUGCCUUCUAUUCCUAUACCUUCUAGGGGCUGUCGCCCUUCCCAUCCAGCCAACACCAAGUGUUGGGAGAUUUUUCUUUUUAAAACAGAUAUGGAAUAAAAUAAAUGCACUUUACUCCCUC